CCUCAGGGGUGCAGCGCUGACGGCUGUCCCAAGCUGUCAGAGCUGGUGUCGGAGCUGCGCCGGGGCCUCUCGGAGUCGGGCGUGGCCUCGCUGGCUGCGGCGCGCGCCGUCGUGGCCCUGGUGCCCCGGCUCCGGGCCGCCACAGAGGCUCAGGUGGCCUCCGUGCUCAACGACGCUCGCAACCGGGACAUCAUGUUGGCGCUGCUGGACGCGGCCGGCGCCGCCCAGACUAUGGCCGUCCACAAGGCGGUGCGCCAGACGCUCAGCUGGCGCACGAGCGGCUCCAUCGAGCGCCAGGAGCGCUACCUGGUGGCGCUGUCGGUGGGUGCUCACCCGCCGCGGGAGCUGGUCCAGGACAUGAUCCGCGAGAGCGGCAAGACGCACCCCUCGGACAGUCUGCACGAGAGCAUCCUGCUCACCAGCGCCGCCCUGGCGGCCACCCUCUGCCAUCACACGGCCGGCAGCGAGCAGGUGUGUGACCAGCUCUCAGGCCAGCUGGUGUCGGCGCUGGAUGAGUGCGAGGACGAGUCGUGCUGCCUGGCGCACCUGCGCGCCCUCCGCAACCUACGCUCGGAGGCCGCCCUGCCGGCCCUGCUCAAACAGGCGCUGGAGGGGGAGGAGGCCGCCUGUCGGGCCGAGGCGUUGCGCGCGCUGGCCGCCCUGCCUGCCGAGGUUACCGGCCGGCUGCGGCCCCAGCUGGAGCGGCUCUACGCCGAGACGGACCGGUACGACCCCAGCUCGCGCCUGCUGGCGGCUGACCUCCUGCUGGCCACGCCCCGACCUGGUGACGUCACCCAUCUGCUGCGUGACCUGCGCGACCGCAACGUCAGCGAGGUCAACGCCUACGUGCUGCAGCGGCUCUCGGCGGCCGCCGAGCGCAACGACGAGCUCCGCGGCGCGCUGCGCCAUCUGUUGGCCGACUCGCGCAUCAGCAACUACGACGUGCUGUCGCAAGGGGCGCUGUCGUCGGUGCUGGAGCGCAGCCUGUUCCGGGCCGGGGACGUGUCAGCCGGCUUCAGCAGCGAGCUGGAGGUGGGGAGGUCGCGCGCGCUCCGGCGCAGCGCCUUCCGCGCCCAGCUGGCGGCCGGCGGAGACCAGCUGGACGUGCUGACGUUCUCGGUGCAGGCCGGCGGCCUGUCCGGCAUGCUGGGCUCGCCGGAGCCGGACGACGCGGCGGACGCGUUCGCGCGGCUGGAGCUGGGUCUGCUGGGCCGCCAGCUGCGGCCGCGUCGGCUCUUCGACAGCCAGGGCGAGCUGAUGGGCCUGCUGUGGAGCGGCACCGGCAGCGAGCGGACGUCUGCGCUGCGGGGCACGGCGCUGCUGCAUGACCACCUGCAGCGUGUGCCGCUGCAGAACGGCCUGGGCGCUGAGCUGAGCGUGCUGGGCGCCGUCACCUUCGACUUCGCCGGCCAGGCCGAGGUCUCCAUCUGGAACAGGAACGCGCACGCCGUCAUUGACGACAGGGGUGCGGUGCUGCUGCGCGGCCUGGCCACGGUCGACACGCCGUUCGUGCGCUGCGCAGAUGGAGGUGAGCCAGGCGCUGGAGGCGCGCCUCGACGCCACCACCGACGUCGACUUCUCGGACGGACCCAAGACGUGCGCGCGCAUCUCACAGGCGCCGCUGGUGCUCAGGGAGGUGGUGCGCAAGCAGGAGCGCGUGCCCGGCAGCCGACACCGACUCCGCCGCGUGCGCCGGCGCGCCCGCCGCUGGGGCGGCGCCACGUUCGCUCUGAACCAGCAGAACGCCGACAACUGCCGGCUGAUGUUCGGCGGCGUCGGCAGCUAGGGCCGCCGCUCAGCGGUUAGGCGUAGCAGGCGGACCUGCUUGCCGCCGGCCGGCUGGCAGAGACACGCUCCGGGGGUUAUGUGUAGCUAGUGGCAGGUGAAACGGAGACGGGAGUGGCCGCGGCGCCGCGCGGCAGGCCAUCUGGGAAUGCCGUCACCACGGGGGUUAUGGGCGGCUAGUGAUACUGACGGCCCAUGGGGCGUGGUGCGCUGGCUCAGCGCCGUCAGCGAGGCCGCCAGUGAUUGGCGGGCGGCCGGCCGGGCGGUGGUCGCCGCGCCGCCGUCUCGCGCGGCGCUGGCGCUGGCUUUCCCGGGGAUGCCCGAUCUGGGCGGAGCUGCUGCAAUCAGCGCCUGCUGGGGCUGGGCUGCAGAGGAUGAUUUGGGAGACCGGCUGGUUUGCCAUGUGAUACUAGGGCUUGGAAUUUGUAGGUCGGGUCGAGAGUGCCUGAUGCCCGUUAUGGGACUCGACUAGGUUAGGAACUUCACUCAUGGUGAGAAGCAAGAUUUCGCUUGAUUCGCCUGUAACCAUAAUGACGCUGCUGGCUGCUGGGUGAUCUGAUGAGACACGCGAACUCGGACGUCUUUAUGUAGCGCUUCGACCGCCCAGGACAAUAGCAGAAAGCUGAGCCCGCCGCCCUGCUUUCGCACGUCGCUACGCUUUUGAGAAGCCUAUCUGCCAGCGCCGCCAGAAUGUUGGGCAUUAGUUCCUUGUGGCUCACGAUAUUUUUUUGCAAAUGCGAAGGUUUGGGGGUGAGAUCCGCGUGCUAUUUGUGUUCGGCCCUCCAAAACGGCCCCCUUCCCAAUCUCUGCCACCACAGUUAUCCGCCGGGGACUUCACGGGCCGCGCGGCCGAUGUCCGCUCGACACUGGCCCGGCCCGCGCUGCCUGUCACGCUCCGGGAGCUAACCACCGACUGGCCCGUGAGCCCGCGGGACCGCAAAAGCCAGAGACGCCGUUGGAUUGGACGCCCGAUCCAGCUGUGUGCUGCUGUACCUGCCGCCGUGCCGCGCGCACCUGACAUGUUCGGGGUUCUGUCCAGAUUAUCGCGACCGAGCCAGGUUAUCGGGGCCGAGCUGGCAGCGGUACGUAUCGGCGCGCGGCUUCGGUUCACGCGCGCUCCAGACCCGCUGAUUCAGUUACCUGCACGCACGUACCUGCCCGGAUCAUGACCUGCGCUCGCCAUCAGCUGAGGGGUCUUCUGGGGCCCGUAGGGUGGCCUGCCUCCAGCUCAAUUGUCAUAUACCCGGGGUGCUGACGCCGGGGCAGCGAUACUCACGGCGGGGUGUGUUAUCUCCUAUACACGGCGUUGGUGUUUGCGCAGUGGCGGUGCGUUACGAUACGGCGCGCUAUCAGCCGCGGGGGACCUGGCGCUCCGUUUGUUGCUAUGGGGGCCGGCGUUGUUUUAGGCCGGCUGGGUUUCUGUAGGGGAGCUGCUGGUGGAUGCUGGGGUUACUGUGAUUGGGUGGGCGUAUACCGUCCCGUCCCUGCCCUGCGUGUGAAGGGCAAGCGUGUUCUGUCCGUCUGGGUGUCGCAGGGAGCCGCGCGAGCUGGGCCGCACGGUUGGACACCGUCGUAUAGGCUGAUCGGCUGCCAAAACGGUAAUGACGCGUAUCAAAUGAUAUAUAUUUUGUCUGCCCUGGGAUAGAUUAUUUUAUGUGCAAAUAAACGUAUCGACCAUGA